AUAGCCAGUAUAAAAGAGCUUGUUGGAUGUUGGUCCUCAUACUACUUCUGACAAGCAAGAUGAAGUUCCCCGUGAUAUUCCUCUGCCUCACCGCCCUCACAUGGGCUCAAGAAGUCCCAGAGUGUGACUGUGGCGGCUUCAUUACUGAGGCUGCAGAGGAGGAAGAAGUGUUCCCCAUGGAGGCCUUCGAUGUGGAAAACUGUGAAGAUCAACAAGACUGUCAUGAUAGAUGCCGCACAGAGUGGAACGAAAUAACCAACGAAGGAGACUUGAAUUUCGAGCUUCCCGACGGCAAGACGGUGGGCCAGAGUAUGUGUGACGACCUGGCUGAGGAGGGUAAAGACGUCGUUGGGCCAACUGAAGUGUUCCUGUACGUGAGGCUCUGUGAUGGCCCGUGGGAAGACGACGGUGAGGCCACUAAGGAGAUGCUGUGUUGUGACGCAGGUCAACACGAACCCUGCGAGUAAAUACCAAUUACUUUUUCCAGUUACUAACAAGGUAGUCCUCACCAAAGACCUUCAACACCUAGUUACCAGGACACACACACACCAUCUCUAGGGAUGAGUUGAAUACUUACAUCAAUAAAACGUAACAGCA